AUGUCCACGCAAAAGGCCAUUGUCAUCACCGGCCCUCAAAAGGCUGAGCUGGUCACUAACCGCUCCAUCCCCAUUCUACGUGAUAAUUGCCUUCUCGUGAAGACAAUUGCCGUGGGAUUAAACCCAACAGACUGGAAAACAAUCUCCAGAUCUCCCCCUCCUGGUGUUACAGUGGGAUGCGACUUCGCCGGUAUUGUGGAAGCCGUCGGUAAAGACGUGAAGAAGCAGUGGAAGAAAGGGGACCGCGUGUGCGGGUUCUCCCACGGUAGCAACCCGACACAACCUGAAGACGGUGCAUUUGCGGAGUACAUCGCCGUCAAGGGAGACGUAGUGAUGAGGCUACCAGAUAACCUGAGUUUCCAAGAAGGAGCCACUCUUGGUAUUGGCAUCGCCACCGUCGCUCAGGCUCUUUACCAGAGCUUGAAACUUGCGCUUCCUUCAGAGCCUAUUAAGGAUGCUACUCCUAUCUUGAUCUACGGUGGUUCUACCGCUACCGGAACCCUGGGGAUUCAGUUCGCCAAAUUAUCUGGUUACACUGUCCUCACCACCUGUUCCCCACGCAACUUCAGUCUCGUGCGUUCUCUCGGGGCGGAUGCAGUAUUUGAUUACAGGGAGCCCACGGCUGCUGCUGAGAUCAAGAAGUAUACCAAUGAUAAGUUGAAGCUUGUCUUUGACUGUAUUGCGCUAGAGGAUAGUAUCAAGUUCUGUGAUGAGGCUAUUUCUUCCUCGGGUGGAGAUUAUCAUACUCUGCUGUUUGCGAAGAUUGAGCGAGCGAAUGUUAAUAGUCGGUUCUCUUUGGCUUACACUAUCGCUGGAGAGGAGUAUAAAUACGGUGACAUGAUCAUCCCCGGCAAACUGGAAGACAAGGCUUAUGCCGAGAUGUUCUUCCCUAUAGUCGAGACUCUCCUGGCACAAGGCAAGGUCAAGGUUCACCCUCCCACAGUUAGAAAGGAGGGCUUGAAGGGGGGUUUUAGAGGGGCUAGAGUUGUUGAAGAAUGA